AUGUCGUUGCCGCAUAAGAGACAGCUGAUUGUUUUGACCCUGUCGAGACUUUCGGAGCCGCUGGUGCAGACUUCAUUGCAGGCAUAUAUGUUUUAUCAGCUCAAGUCUUUCGACGAAAGUCUCUCCGACUCGAUGGUUGCUUCGCAAGCUGGAAUGAUGGCUGCUGCCUUUACUGGGGCACAAUUCACAACAGCUAUGAUGUGGGGUCGGAUAUCAGAUUCAGAUAGAGGAGGAAGGAAGAUGGUUAUAUUAAUCGGACUUUCUGGGACAGCCAUCUCAGUCUUAGGAUUCGGCUUCUCGAAAUCUUUCCUUCAAGCGAUGUUCUUCCGAACAAUCGGCGGAGCCUUGAACGGGAACGUCGGAGUAAUGAGGACCAUGAUCUCUGAAAUUGUGCGAGAGAAGAGAUAUCAAUCAAGGGCCUUCCUCCUGUUGCCAAUGACCUUCAACGUAGGAGUGAUCAUCGGCCCCAUCCUUGGAGGUCUCCUUGCAGAUCCAGCUGGAAGCUAUCCCAAGCUGGUUGGAAGCAUUGCGUGGCUCCAGAAAUACCCAUACGCAGCACCCAACAUCGUCAGCGCCUUUCUCUUGCUAUGCGCCGUUCUCGGAAUAUUCUUUGGUUUAGAAGAGACAUUAGAAUCCAUCCGGCACGAAGAAGACCUAGGGAAGAAAAUUACCCGCAAAGUCUCACAACUCUUCCGGGGCGGUAGAUCCUCCUCCGAGUUCUCACACGAAUACUCAGCCGUCCCCGGCACGCCUACAGACGUGGAACUCUCGCCCCCCAAAUCCCGCCAAAAAGCCACACCGCGAUGGAAGCAAAAGCUCCCCUUCCGUCGCAUCUUCACCUACAACGUGAUCUGCACGCUCGUCGCCCACAGUCUAAUGGCCACCCACCUCGGAACCUUCAACAACCUCUGGUACGUCUUCCUGUCAACACCCGUCGCGCCACCCUCAACACCAAGGAAGUUGCCAUUCAUUUUUACCGGUGGACUCGGCAUGCCGCCUAGAGAUGUGGGUUUUGCUAUGGCAGUGUUAGGAGUGAUAGGCAUCCUGAUGCAGCUCCUCAUCUAUCCCGUCAUCAACGCGCGUCUCGGGACCGUCAAAAGCUGGCGGAUCUUCCUGGCCGCUUUUCCACUCGCUUACAUACUCGUCCCUUUCCUCUCAAUCGUACCCUCUCGCUCUCCUGCCCCUGCGGAAAAAGACGGGAUACUGGUUUGGAUCAGUCUUUGUGUGGUGCUAUUCAUCCAGGUCACGGGACGCACGUUUGCACUCCCAGCCACGACGAUACUUGUUAAUAAUGCGAGCCCACAUCCGAGUGUACUUGGGACUAUGCAUGGGAUUGCGCAGAGUAUGUCAAGUGCUGCGAGGACAUUUGGUCCUGCACUAGGAGGCAAGUUGUAUGGAGUUGGAUUGAAGGGAGGUGUGGUGGGCGCGGUGUUUUGGGGGUUGAGUGGGGUUGCGGUGGUGAAUUGUAUAGCGUCUCAUUAUGUGAAAGAAGGAGAUGGGCAUGAGAUCAUUCUUGAGGGGGAUGAGGAGGUGGAGGAGGGAAGGGCGGUGUAG